AUUCUUUCUCUACCACUCUGCUCCUCUGCAACUCUUAACUCACCUCACCAAUUUUUUUUUUUGGUUAAUUCUUAUUCAAUAUAUGUCCCGUACCCUCACAACAGAGGAGAAAGAAAGAAGAGGACUAGACUUUCAAUGGGUUCUGCUGCUAAUCCUUGCACCCCACCGGAUUUCCUGUCUUAGACGCACGCAAACGGCGAUUCAUAUCUAUCUCUGGUCUGCCCCGACCGACCAUUAGUUAAUCUGUUGCUGCUAAUUCGGAACCGCAACGCCAUGAAGCUUCCUCUGGCUGUCGCGGCAGCUUCUUUCCUGCUCAUCCUCUUCGGCGUUUCCUACUCUUCUGGUGCGGUCGACCUCCCUCGCCAUGUCGAUGUUACUGCAUCUAGAAGGGAGCUCAAGGAGAACAGCUUUGGUCAUCAUCCCGAGCAUAAGAGCAAUGCAGGGGACAUGGAUCUGGAUGAUUACCACCGGAUUGACCCCUCGCCGAGCUCAAAGGCCAUACAACCUGGACCGAUCCAGCAUGGCACUCCUCUCAUGCCUUUCAUACCGGAGCCUUCGCCUCCCAGUCCACCAGCGCCCGGUUGACAUGCUUGCUUAGCUCAGAGAGCAUCGGUUGCGAACGUACUUAGGAAGGAUUGGAGCCAUGUUCCCGACUUGCUAAUCAUUUCUGCUAGUUAAUUAACUAUAUCAUCUCCCACUUGAAUCAUAUACUGCUAGAGCUUGACUGCUGAAUGUUCUGCUCUGCCUCCCUUGAUGGUUUCUCGGAGUGCCAUUGGCAUCGAGGAUAGGCUUUCGUUUUCUUUUUUUCCAGUCAUUAUGCUUCUGUUUAUUGGUAUUUCACGGAACCAGAUAAGCUUUAUGCAGUAUUCCAUCAA